GGUGGCGCCCCAGGUUUCGCCCCGGUGUUGGAAGUUUUCUUGAGAGAUGGAUAAUACAAAUAAGCUAACGACUCUGGAUAAGAUUUUACUGAAACUAGUAUUUCAGGUGGAUCAAGGUUCACAACGGCAAAAAGGAGUUAAGGAACAGAUUCAGAUACAUUCUGUAAACAUACUAAAAAAGAGGGAACAUAUUGAUAACCUGCUUGCGAAAAGUCGCCAGCUUGAUGAUGAAGUUAAUCGAAUGCAGAAGAUAAGUACACAUGCCAUAGAGAACUUUAAAGUGUGGAAGCCAACAUGUUUACUUCUAACACAGCAUGAAGAGAAUUUUGAAAAGCAGCUUGUAGAACAGCAUGCCUGUACUGUGAGAGAUAACCACAAAGAAAGUUCAGAUAGAAGACUGCAAGGGUUGCAACGAGGUAUAAUGGAAGACCGGGAAUACAUACUUAAGAGGCAAUUGUACCAGGAUUAUAUAAAGCAAUAUAGAGAUAUUCUACAGCAACAUCAAUCUCAGUAUUCUGAAUUUCCACAAGCUAAGGAAUUUUUAAAGAAAAAAGUAGAGUUGGAAGAAAUUCGAUGUAGAGUAUUGGACUGCACUGAACAAAUGAAACAAAAGACAGAGUUACUUGCAGAACUGCUAGAGCCACCGUCUUUUGGAUCGCUCCACGAAUGGGCUUUAGAAAUUGCCAGAUUAAAAAUAGACACAAAUAACAUGUUGGGACAAAUUGAUACAUUCAGAAAAGAGAAGCCAUCAGAAGAUCCAUAUGAACAACCAGAGAAUGCUGCACAGAUUGAUGAUUCGGAGAGUGAAGAAAUAAAUGAACUACAAUCAGAUAUGUCUCAUAUCAAUUUGCCAAAUAUUGUCACUUCAAAGGAACAAGUUCAAAGGAUUUACCUGCAACAUGAAUAUUCGAUUACUUUGGACACUGUGGUAAGUCCUGAUAAUGCACAGUCUCAGAAACAUGCCAUGGUCAAUCAGAAAUCAACAUUACCUUUGAAGCCAUUCAAACUUGCAAGGACACAGCCACCGGCAGAAUCAGAAAGUGGAACACAUAAGAAUCUGCAAGCAAGUAAUGUUCUGGUUUCACAACUUAAUUCAUUGCAAAAAGGAUGCGAGGACUCUGGAGAUAAUAUCCAAGCCCCAAUAAUGGAAUUCUGCACUUCUCUACCAAACCAUGAAAAACCUCUGGUAAAUGUUUCUGCCGCAGUUCCACAAGAUACUCAGAAUUCCAUGAAGACUCCAGAGAUAAGUGGAAGCCAUCAACAGAAAAAGUUUCAGAUGACAUUAGCAACAAAGAAUCAAGGGCAAGCUCAAUAUUGCCCAUUUGUUCCCCAGGACCAAGAAGCCCAUGUAUCUUGGUUAGAAAAUAAUCUGCCAAUUUCAGAUGAUGGAACAAUGAGGAAAAUGGAUGCUAAUCAGAGCAAGGCUUUUGUUCGUGCUGAAUCAACUUAUAACUCUAAGGCAGGUGACACAGAAGAGGCGACAGAUGUCACACCACAGAUUUUUUCAAGACCGCCUGAACAGGAUGAAACAGAGCAAAAGGAAUUUGAAAUGAAUUCGUACUUGCCUCUUGAGGAAACACCAUUAAAGUCUUCUGGCUUUUCCUUCCUGAAUACAUCUACACCUAAAUCAACUGGAUUUAAUUUAUUUGGAAGAAUGCCAUUUGACCUAACAGAUACCCCUGAGCAGGAGACUGACACCCAGAACAAUGUUAAUCAGUUUGAAUUCUCGAGUUUGUUUUUCAAGAAAACGCCUGAAAAAGCUUACUCAACUAAUGUGACAUGCAAUCUUCAAUCACCUCCAAAAGAUAUUGGGAUGAUGAGUCCAUCAAGUGAACAACCAUUUGCAUUUUCUUUUCAAUCUGAUUUAUCUUCAAAUAAUUAUGGAAACAGCAAAGAUGACUUCAGUUUUGGUUUUUCAUUUGGACAAGAUCAGAGAUCAACCCAGCCAGGUCUAUUCAAAUUCUUUUAAAUUUGUGCAUCCUUUUCAAACUUCUACUUAUUAAUAAGCCUCUAUGGUUAAUUAACAAUUGUUAUCCUGUUUUGCAUCGUUGCUUAUAAUAUUUAUGUUAUGGACUCUUAAUUGAAAUAAUUGUAAUAUGAUUUUAAAUUCUUUAAAUUUUGUUUUUGUUGGUUGUAGUUCAUGUAGAUGUCUUUACAACAAUUAUUAAAAUGUCAUUUGCUGGGUCUUAUACUGAAAUACUGAAAUAAAAUUAACAAGAACAUUUGGGAGCCCAGUUUAAAAUACUUUUCUAUAUCUACUACUUGAUUUCAGUGCUUGACUAUUGGUUAGUAGUUAUGAAAAACUGAAACAUUUCAAAUUUGUCACCAGCUGUUGUGCAAGAAAAAAUGUGUUCUUGUAGUUUAAUACCACUCUGUGAAAGUGUAAUGGUUAACAUAAAUGAAAGGACAUGGCAAAUUGUACUUGAAUACUUACAAAAGCAACUUUAGAUAUUGUUCAUAGUCACUACAUAAGAUUAAAGUAAUUUGAUUAUGUAGUUACUUGAUAAGUCACUAACAUGAAAGCUUAGACUGUUGUUCAAUGGUAUUACCAAAAAUAAAUGUCUUAUAAUUUUUAUUUGUUCAUCUUAUUUUUUUGAUCACCAGAUUCUAAAAUUCCUAUUUCAGAAAUGUAUAGCUUUUCAAUUCAUCAUAAUUAUUGUAUGCACAGACAAAGCAAAGCUGUACAUACUUUAAAUAU